AUAAAGACAUGUUUUGUAGUACAAGUUCGCAAACCUUGACAAGUCAAAAACAGUACUACUUCUUAUCUCUACCCUUUUGGUAGUGGUACUACACCUGAAUAAUCCGCAACUUAUAUUGAGAAUCAGAAAUUAGAUCCAAGGGGAUGAACUUAAUUUAGAGAGAGCAUCCAUGGCACGUUGUAAUGCCAUGAAAUUAGCUCUCAAAUCCAACACAGUAACAAUUCUAAUCCUUUUCAUCUGUGUUUUUCCAUUGUUUUUCUCUCAAGUUGUUAAUGGUCAUGGAGGUUCUCAUGAUGAAGAUGAAGAACAUGUUGACGAGGUUGGGGCGCACCCGGACGUGCGUUCCAAGGGGUUAAUUCUUGUGAAAAUUUAUUGUUUUAUAGUAUUAUUGGUGUCCACUUUUGUAUGUGGAGUGUCUCCAUAUUUCUUGCGGUGGAAUGAAACUUUUCUAUUGUUAGGAACUCAAUUUGCCGGUGGGAUUUUUCUGGCGACUUCUCUAUUGCAUUUCUUAAGUGAUUCAAAUGAAACUUUUGAGGAUCUCACCGAAAAUCACUAUCCUUUUGCUUACAUGCUUGCUUCAUUUGGUUAUAUCUUUACUAUGUUGUGUGAUUGUAUAAUUUUAUAUGUCACACAACGCUCUCAUAGUAGCGGAGAUGCUAAAAUUGAAGUUGAUGUAGAAGAACAAGAAAGAAACAGGAUUGCACCUUCAGCACAUCUUCAACCAGCUGAAGUUUUAUUCAGGAGUUCUUCAUUUAGUGAUACUGUGCUUCUGAUAGCUGCACUUUGUUUCCAUUCUGUUUUCGAAGGCAUAGCCAUCGGAGUUGCAGAUAAUAAAGCAGAUGCGUGGAGAAGUUUGUGGACCAUAUCACUGCACAAGGUAUUUGCUGCCAUUGCCAUGGGAAUUGCACUGCUCAGGUUGUUACCAGACAGGCCGUUCCUCGCAACAAUUGCUUACUCAUUUGCAUUCGCUAUUUCAAGUCCAAUUGGAGUAGGCAUAGGUAUUGGUAUUGAUGCCACUACCCAAGGAAAAGUAGCUGAUUGGAUCUAUGCCAUUUCAAUGGGUUUUGCAACUGGAAUUUUCAUCUAUGUGGCCAUUCACCAUCUUAUUUCUAAAGGCUACAAACCAGAAAAACCUUCUUUCUUCGACACCCCGUUUUUUAAGUUCGCUUCGGUGCUUCUAGGCGUGGGAGUGAUGGCAGUGGUCAUGAUCUGGGAUUAAUAUUGAUGUUGGUAAUACAGAAUCUCUGCAAUACUUCUAGGAUCACUUGUUUUUUUGCCAACUACAUGCUGGAGAAUGAAAUUAAUUUGAAUCUACCAUCAACUGAGGAACAACAAUGUCCUUUAGAUGGAAAAAAGACUCACAGGAAGCUUAUGAACUUUCUCACACCAACAGGGGUAAAAUUCUUGCUGGUGUCUCACAUUAUAAGCAAUGUAACAACCUUAACCAAUACACCUCUUCUCGGGAAUGUGAAACCAGUAUUUUACUCGCUUGUUGAAUAAACUAACACUUGUUUUUUAAA